GCGUAUCCUUCGAUUGAUAACCCAUAAGCCUUGCGGUAGACUAAUCGUUCGCUUUAAAAAGAGUAUUGAUUUGCAAUAAAAAAAAACCAACGUGCUUUUAAUAAAUUUAAUCGAAGCGGGUAAAACGGCUGAGAAGCUUUAUUGGUUGACCACCAGGUAGCAGAAUAACCUUGAUCAGUAUAGUUUUGUUUAGAUUUGUAGAAGUAUAGUUCAUAGUAGCUUCGCACACAAUCAAACCGUCUUGGAGAGGUCGGCAUGAAGUAACCAAUAAGCGAUUUGCCAGUCUAAUCGUUCGAACGUCAUUGCAUAACUCGCGUUGCUUUUUAAACCAAUUAUUUAAUGCGCUGCGUGCAAUGAUUUUGCACUUGGAGGCGUUUUCCGAUCGAUGUCACGCGUGUGUAGUGACGCCGACCAAAAAUGCGAAUGGGCGUAAUAACGCCGGCAAGUUCUGCGAAUUGGACGUACGUCAGAACUAACCUAAGAAAAAGUUGUCUGUGUAGCUUUAUCGAAAAGGAAAAAAAUAGUUUAUCGUAAAUAAGCAUGAUUUGUUAUUUAUUCGUGUAUCACCGAACAUUGGCUUCGAUAUGUUCGACGUUGUCGUUCUUCCGUGCAACGUCCAUAAUAAUUCACGUAUAGGUUAACUCCUUCGCGAGCGUCCAUCGACGUUUACAAUCUGUCAUUUGGAUCUCGACAUUUUGUAAAUCGGAAUGUAAUAUACGAAUAUAAAUCUAAAUCUAAAGUUUCAGUGGAAGUAGUAUGUCUUUUGCCAUGUAUUUUAUAAUCAUCAAACCUCUAAAAACGUUCCUGUUAAUAACUAAUAUUGAAUCUUGCAAAUUCGAAGUAAACUUUAGGAAUGAAAGCAGUUCCAUUUUGGAGUAAUUUUUAAUUUGUAUAUUUAAAAUCGUACCAAUAAGAGAUUUAAUACAAUGCAUUUAUGAUUAAAUGCACAAAGUUUACCUGUGAAAAAUAAUGUCUAACAUCGACAUACAUUCGAUCAAAACUUGACUGCAUUAAAAAUGCAAGCCAAGAAGCGCUAUCUAUUAUUGUUCGUAACCUGUGCGUUUCUUGGUUAUUGUUACUUUGGUGGUUAUCGAUUAAAAAGUGAAAAGUGGUCAGGCAGAUCUCAGUUGCCUUAUGAGCGAUUGCCUUCAUAUUUAAGUCUAAACGAAGAAUUCUAUGACAAGGAUUUAAGAACAUCAAAUGGAAAUUCACUCGUGUCUCAACGUACAAGGCAAUGCCGUAUGGAGACUUGUUUCGACUUUACUAGGUGCAAGCAUGGUUUUACAGUUUAUGUGUAUCCAGUGGAGGAUGUGAUAAGCCCACUAUACCAAAAAAUAUUAAAUGUUAUUACCGAGUCGAGAUAUUAUACUUCGGAUCCAGCUAGAGCAUGUAUAUUUGUGUUAGCUCUUGAUACAUUGGACAGGGAUCCAUUGUCAACAGAAUUCAUACAUAAUCUUCCUGCAAAGUUGAUGCGUUUACCUUACUGGAAUAAUGGCAGAAAUCAUUUAAUAUUUAAUUUAUAUUCUGGAACAUGGCCCGAUUAUGCAGAGGAGUCAUUGGCCUUUGACAUAGGAUAUGCCAUGCUUGCGAAGGCAAGCAUGUCCAUCUUCAGGCACAGACCAAACUUUGAUGUGUCUAUACCAUUGUUUGGAAAACAACAUCCAGAACGUGGUGGGGAGCCAGGUCAAGCUUUAGAAAAUAAUUUUCCUAACAGUAAAAAAUACGUCGCAGCUUUCAAGGGUAAAAGAUACGUCCAUGGAAUAGGUUCUGAAACUAGAAAUGCUCUCUAUCAUUUACACAAUGGCAAAGACUUGGUAUUUGUCACGACUUGUCGUCACGGCAAAGCGUGGAGAGAGUUACAAGACGAACAUUGUCAACAAGAUAAUCAGGAGUAUGAUAUGUAUGAUUAUGAAAUUUUAUUAAUGAACGCUACAUUUUGUCUUGUACCAAGAGGAAGAAGACUUGGUAGUUUUCGAUUCUUAGAAGCUUUAAGGGCUGGUUGUAUUCCAGUUAUUCUAAGCAAUGGCUGGGCACUUCCAUUUCAUGAGCGUAUUGAUUGGACACAAGCGGUUAUAUUUUCUGAUGAAAGACUGUUGCUUCAAAUUCCAGAUAUAGUACGGUCUGUGUCCAAUGUACAAAUCCUUAAACUACGGCAGCAAACGCAGUUUCUUUGGGAACGCUACUUUUCGUCGAUAGAAAAAAUUGUAUUUACAGUAUUCGAGAAUAUUCGCGAACAUUUACCAUGGGAAGGUACCAGGGAGAAACUUGUCUGGAAUAUAAACCCUGGAGCUUUAGCAAUAUUACCGCAAUUUGCUGAUAGCCAGCAAGAACUUCCAUUUUCAAAAAGUAAUCCAGGAAAUACCUUCACUGCCAUCAUCUAUUCGCAGUUGGGAUCCACUGCUGUUCUCUAUCGUUUGCUUAAGAGUAUCGCGAAAAGUAAAUACUUAGAUAAGAUUAUUCUAAUGUGGAACUCGGACAUUCCGUUACCAAGGAGGCCACGAUGGCAAGGGAUCAAAGCAUCAAUACAUGUUGUUACGGUUGAUGGUAUAUCCCAGCGUUUUUAUCCACAUCCUUUAAUCAAAACUAGUGCCAUAUUAUCUCUAGAUGAGGAUGCUACACUCAAUACAGACGAAAUAGAUUUCGCCUUUACCGUUUGGCGAUCGUUUCCGGAUCGAAUAGUUGGGUAUCCAGCUAGAUCUCACUAUUGGGACGAUUCCAAGCGUUCGUGGGGUUACACAAGUAAAUGGACAAAUGAUUAUAGUAUAAUUCUAACUGGUGCCGCCUUUUAUCAUCGUUAUUAUAAUACGUUGUAUACCGAAUUACUGAGUUCGACGUUGCACAAGACUGUCGAACAGUCGCAAAAUUGCGAGGACAUACUUAUGAAUUUUUUAGUAAGCCAUAUUACGCGAAGACCACCUAUUAAAGUUACUCAACGGAAAUUGUAUAAAGAUACUACUGUGGCUGGAAUCAGGUCCCCAUGGAAUGAUCCAGAUCACUUUAUACAACGGCAAACGUGCAUGAAUACGUUUGUAGCCGUCUUUGGGUACAUGCCGUUAUUACGAUCAAAUAUGAGGCUUGACCCAGUUCUGUUCAAAGACUCUGUAAGCAAUUUGCGCAAGAAAUAUAGACAAAUUGAAUUAGUUAGUAAUUAGAAUUAUACAGGAUAUUUUAUCAGUUACACAGCAGUUAUCUACCCUCGAAAUGGGCAUCGUAUAUGUAUGCAUAAAUAUAUAUAUAUAUAUAGCCUCGAAUAUUUCGGCGAAAUAACGGCGGGAAUUGCUAUUGCGAUUGGCGCGCUUGCGCAUGCGCACUAGAGGCUAUUUGAAAACGUAUAUAUAGGGAACACUUACAUCGUUGCGUAAGUAAGUAACGAACCAUUGGGAUGUCACGUAACCAUUGGCGUAAUUAGGAUUGUUUUGGGGUGGGUUAAACUCCCUAGUCUUACCAAUAUGAACAUUCUACACUAUGCAUGGCUAAGUGGAUUUUAGAAAUUUAAAAAAUUGAAAAUUUAAAAAUUUACGAAUUUGGAAAUUCAAAAUUUCGAAAGUUUAUAAUUUUAUAAAUUUCUAAAUUUUCUGCGUGAGGGCUGGCUCAUCCUAAUCCCCUAAUAUCAUUAUAUGUGACCCCAGUGGUUAUCAGGGCAGCAAAUUAAGAAGGUCUUUCAUUCUCGAGGAAUGGCGUUACUCUGCGCUUUUGUGUAUUCACAUAAUGAAUUUUGUACAAAGUAUCAGAUAUAUAUACCUUGUAACAUUGUUCGAACUCGAAUCGGGCCAUGGCACGCAUUGACGUAUUCAAUUGAUGUACAUACGAAUCGUUUCAUAGUUACUAAUAAAACGUAAAAAUAAAAAAAAAAUGAAAAGAUAAGAAGAAAAAACAAUUGAUAACGAAGAAAAAAUAUUAUUUGGUGAAUUCAUCGAUACUUUAUGAACCGGCCUUUCGAAGCUGCGCAAAGUAUUCUAAUCCAUAGUCAAUUUGAUCGCUCGAAACCAAAUUUACCAAACGCUUACAUUUUUCUUCUCUAUCGUUGAAAACAAUGAUGAUCGUGCAAAUGCUAUUUUGUAUAAGCCAGCCAAUGACGUAGCUGUAUCCGGAUGGCGCCUCGAGAGUAGUAGCCUCAGGGAUGAAUCUAUUUAAAUGCAGCUUACGAUCGUGGACUAUUUGAAAGCUUUUGGAAAUAAUUUCCUUAUUUUUACAUCUCGACUUUUCUACCUUCGUGAAUAAUUGACUAAUUUAAAUUCGUUAGCGUAAGGCAUGACUAUAUUUCGAGUAAGUUUUUGCGUAUGAUCAGGUACAGCUGCGGGAAACGAUGUCUUAUCUCGAUGAGGAGAAGCCAACGAGGACCUCCCGCUACUCUCGGAUGCUCUUUAAGUGGGAGGUGAAAUAGGAGUUUUCUUCUAGAUUAUCGGUAUGGUGGAUGGUAAAGCAUACUCGUGAUAGUACAUUGGUGUAGUGGAAGAAGGCUAAUGGUAGAGUUACUCUACUAGAAUUAUUCUACUAUGGUGCUAUUCCACUCUAUCCUAGUACAAUGGAUUGAUAGAACAGAAUGGACUAACACCAUUACUAGUACCCUGAUUAAAUUAGACAUUGGUAGUACUACCAAAGGUAUGGCGGCACUUGAAGUAGUCAUUAGUAGAGUAGAGUCCGCUGUACAGCAGUAACUCUACUGCUAGCCUUCUUCCAUCAUUUUAAUGCAUGUCUUAAAAUUAUAAAGCCUAAAAUUCCAAAUUACUCUUCAGUAAUAUUUUUGGUAGUAUCGUUGGUAAAGUAGAGAGAGGUGCUAUCAGAGUAACUUUAUUACUAAUCUUCGCUCCAGUAUACUAGCGCUAAUAUAUUCUGCCGUCUACUGUACCAACAGACUUUGUAACUUCUCCUACCGAGGAAGGGUAUCGUUGCCCGCGGCUGUACUCGUGAAUUGAAACGGUGUUCGCCUCUGUUCAACAAGAGGAAUUUCAAUCGUUUUUUAACGUGUAUCGCUAUACCGUUCGUAGUUUGUCUAUGUGUUCGGAGCACAGAUUAUUCAUAACUCGUAAUCAGCGUACCUAGAAAGUGUAUUUCAAGGAUUUUACGUAUCGAUUACAAAUCGUGUACACGCGCGAAAUGAUAAUUGUGUAUACCUGUACAGCUCGAUCGCUCUCAGGAGAACCUUUGAAAGGAAGUAAGAAAUUGCUUGUGACCAAUAUAAAUCGCAAGUAUGUCUAGUCGUUUACGUUCGUUUACAUUGAUACGCCGGAUGAAGGAACGGGAAAGUGAUUCGCGUAAAGUAGGUGACACUCGAUACCGUGUUUGUGUUUUUCAGGAUAAUAAGCAAAUGUACAUAUAUGUAUGUAUAUGUAUAUGUGAUACGUUCAUAAUAAUCAUGUGAUAUAUUCAUAAUUAUUGGAGACAGGAUUUAACGAACAAAAGGAAAAGAAAAGAUACGAAUGGACUGUGUAAUUCCACCAAUGGCAUUUCUUUGUCGCGAUCAAAGUUAAUAUAUGUUCACCAGAAAUAUUAUAUUUUUUAUGGUAUCGAUAGUUUUGAGUAUUCGAGGGAGCACCAGUAACGAAGAAUCACUUUUUAAAUAAAUGCUCUCUUUUCGAUUGUUAUCAUGGUUAUAGAUGGUUGUAAUUUUGCUUCUUCUUUACUGCGUGCUCCACCGUUGUUAAAUUUAAUUAACGUACACGGGACUGUGCAAAAUGAUAAUCGCUUUUGUUACGAACAAACUUUCGCGUCGAUCAAACGUUAGCGAUCUUUAUUUCUAAAUGGCGGAUAUUUGACAAAUUAACGUAGUCACUUGAUCUUUACUUUAUUGGGUAAUUAAUGGUUUUCUGUAAUUAAUUCGAAGGUAAUCGACGAUGUAAUCUUGUUGCAUCAAACGUGUAUCCGAACAAAUAUUGGUGAUUUUAUAUGGCCGAGAAAAAUAAAGUUUUUAUACAAACCUACGAUUGUUGUCUCGUCGAAACAAUUGUAUAUACUCUAUUGUAUAAAAAGUGUUUUUGGGGAUGACGA